AUGGACCUCAAAGGACGCAAAUGGCUUUGGGAGAGAUUGAACCCGACUUACCACGAGGCACGAAGGAAACUUGUUGACAAGGAGCAGAGGAAGACUCGAUGCGAUCCUACCCUUCCUCGUUGCGAGCCAUGCGAACGAAGCAAUUCCCAAUGCGAGUAUUUCGACUCGGCCAGGAACCGCAUCGUCCCACGAAGGUAUCUGGUGGACCUGCAGGACCUCGUUCGCAGAUUGCAAGCUGAGCUCAAACUGCUGGAGAAAGAUGAGGAAGAUGAGGGGCCUGAUCCCGAAACCAUGGCUAGGGCACCGGGAAUGGUCAAGUUCAACGAAAGCAGCGAGUCCAGAUUUUUGGGUCCGUCCAGUGGCAUCGCUGUGACACGGUUUGUGAUGAAUUUUGCUAGUCGCAACGCAGAUCGAAGGACAAUCCGAGAUGUUGUGCCCGACCGAGCCGCUCAGGAGAUCAAGCAGACGAACAAUGCCGAAAGUGUGAAGCCAACUUCCAAGGUAUAUCCGCUGAUCAGCUCUGUCGCGGCGCCCAAUCUACCCAAUCGAGAUUUGAUGGAACAGCUUCUCGAUUUAUACAACUACAAAGCUCAGUACAUGCUGCCUUUACUACACGAACCCUCGUUCCGUCAGGAUGUAGACGCUGUUUACGAGGGAAGUAACGAUGCGACGCUCAAUUUUCAGGUUCGAAUGGUGAUAGCGAUUAGCAUGCAGAAGCUGGACGCACAGUACGCUGGCUUAGCUGACAGCUAUUAUCUUGCGGCAUUGCCAUAUCUCUCCCAAGCCAUACACCGAAAGGACAUAUCAACACUCCAGUGUUUCGCUCUCAUGGCUCAGUAUUCGCUUCUGACGCCAACUCGCACUGCUGCGUUCUGGAUGGUUGGUCUGGCUGCAAAAUUGUGCCAGGAUUUGGGGCUUUGCAACGAAAGCACCAUCGAUAAGCCACCGUUGGGAAAUCGUCCCAAUUUUCUGGAGAUAGAUAUGCGCCGCAGACUCUUUUGGAUAAUCACGUCUAUGGAGUACGGGCUAUCUCAUAGCUUGGGCAGACCAAGUGCUUUUGGUGUUAGCGUCGAGAACAUCGAUGUACGCUUCUUUCACCUCUGUGAUGAUCGCUUCAUCACUUCGCAGGGGUUAGCAGCCGGAAACCACCCUAUCAUGAAGAAAGCCAUAGCCAUUCACUUUCUCAAAAUGCGACUGCUGCAAGCUGAGAUUAGAAGGACACUCUACUUGAAGAAACGAGAAAGACCAAUUACAGACCAAGAUCCAUGGUUUCACAAAAUGCUAGGCAACAUCGACAGUUGGGUGCGCGACACACCAAAGAACGACGAAGGUAGUGGACUUAGUCCAGCUUGGUUCGAGGGACGGAGAAAUACUAUGAUUGUCAUGAUGUAUCGACCAUCGCCGCAAAUACCCAAUCCUUCCUCCUUGGCUGCUGAACGCUGCUAUCACGCGGCGGUCUUCAAUAUUGCUCUACAAAAGGCUCAGGUCGAGCGCAGGCUCAUUGAUGUGACCUGGAUAUUUACACAAGCUAUCUUCAUGGCACUGAAUACUGUACUCUGGUCCAUAUCUUAUCCGGAGAUUCGUGAGCAACAUCCAGUCGAGGAAGUGCAGCAGCAUAUUAGUGAUGGCCUUGCGGCUAUAGACCUUUGUGCUGCUAGGUGGCCCGGUGUACGAUCUGCGCAUCAACUAUACGGCAAUCUGGUCUCAGCUUGUCUCAAGGCAUACGACAUGCAAUCUGCUACGAGUCCCAGUUCGAUCAGAUCAACGACUCAAGGCCUCGAUGGUAAUGCCGGUGUAUCUUCAUCUCGGAUCUCGUCCAGUUCAGUAACCACGCCGUCUGCGUCGAUGCAAGGUCCGCAUACACCACAGUCCUACACAUCUUUCCCACCUGUUUUGUCCCCAGGAAAGUCAUUGUCAUCCCCUUACAACCCAGUUGCGAAUCAGCAGCAAAAUUUUUCUAGUCCGCAUGCCUCACAAGUCUACGAGCAGCAAUCAUCUACUCAAUUUAAUCAAUCAACAUAUUACGGUGCUCCCCAUUAUGACGGUCUUUCAACGACACACCUCCCAGGCUCAGCUCAACCGCUACCAUCGUGGGAGUCCAUGGCUUCCAUUCCCUUCAAUCAUGCUACCACGGCCUCUCUUGACAUGCCUUUAGAAAGACCACCAUGGCUAGCACCAUUCGGUGAGGACUUUGCUCAACUCGGAUCCGUGGACACUAUGAUGCCAUAUCAAAUGCAUUCACUCAAUCAGCAGGAGCAACUGGAUCUCCUAGCAUCACUUGAGCAAAGUCGACUUCCGGAGGUGACUGCGAUGGGCGGUGAUAGCACUGUCUUCUAUACCGUAGGUCUACCUUGA